AUGGCGAAACUGGACAUUGGACUUUAUGACGUUUUGGACCAGCCCCAGAUGGAGGCCCACGCUACUGCCGCCGAUGUUUACGAGGAACACAUCCGGGGGGCGCAGGAAGCCGAGCAGAUGGGGUACAAGUACUACUUUUCCAUUGAGCACCAGACCUCAGCCAACAUUGACGUUGACCCGGUUAUCGCUGAUAAGUUCGAGACCUGGCGCAACCUGUGGCGACAGGAGGGGCAUCCGGCGCCCAUGCCCAGGACUUUUUUGACCCGCCACGUCCAUGUUGCCGAGACUGACGCCAAGGCACGGGAGCAGGCAGAACCUCAUCUGGCAACCGCCGCCUUUCCCGAGGCGGUGCCCGCAGGCAAGGGCCGCGAUAUCAUCGGAGCCACACGGCUGGGGCACGGCCCGGGCGGGAUGCGAGGCGACGACCCGGGGACGCCGGAGCGGGCUGAGCUGCGCCGCACCUUCCGGGAGCGGGCCAACUCCUUUGACUUCUGGGUGGACAACGGGAUAGCCCUGGUGGGCAGUCCGGAAACGGUGGCGAGGCAGUUGCAAGAGCAGCAUGACCUUAUCGGCCACGAUAUUUUGUGUGCGCGCCACAUGUUCGGGUACAUGGACCCUGCCGCGGCCCGGAAGUCGAUUCGGCUGUUCGCGGAAGAGGUUAUGCCGGCGUUUGCGUGA